UGCGAGGAGGGGGUAGGGGUGUCCCGUCGGCACGCGCAGACAGCAGAGAGCAGCUGCGGCAAGAAGAUCGUGUAGCGUUUCAGCGUUUUGCGAGCAGCCAACAUUUUGACAUUUCAUUUAAAAAGACAGAUAAAGGCUCAAAACCAACGACAAUUAAAAUGGUAGAUCGCGAGCAACUGGUACAGAAAGCCAGGCUGGCAGAACAGGCAGAAAGAUAUGAUGAUAUGGCUGCAGCCAUGAAAUCGGUGACUGAGCUGAAUGAGGCCCUGUCUAAUGAGGAGAGGAACCUGCUGUCCGUGGCCUACAAGAACGUGGUGGGGGCGCGGCGCUCCUCCUGGCGGGUCAUCUCCAGCAUCGAGCAGAAGACCUCGGCCGACGGCAACGAGAAGAAGAUCGAGAUGGUGCGGGCGUACCGCGAGAAGAUCGAGAAGGAGCUGGAGGCCGUCUGCCAGGACGUGCUCAACCUGCUGGACAACUUCCUGAUCAAGAACUGCAGCGAGACGCAGCACGAGAGCAAGGUCUUCUACCUGAAGAUGAAGGGCGACUACUACCGCUACCUGGCCGAGGUGGCCACGGGCGAGAAGAGGGCCGCCGUGGUGGAGUCCUCCGAGAAGGCCUACAGCGAGGCCCACGAGAUCAGCAAGGAGCACAUGCAGCCCACCCACCCCAUCCGCCUGGGCCUGGCACUCAACUACUCCGUCUUCUACUACGAGAUCCAGAACGCGCCCGAGCAGGCCUGCCACCUGGCCAAGACCGCCUUCGACGACGCCAUCGCCGAGCUGGACACCCUCAACGAGGACUCCUACAAGGACUCCACGCUCAUCAUGCAGCUGCUGCGGGACAACCUCACACUGUGGACAAGCGACCAGCAGGACGACGAGGGAGGCGAGGCCAACAAUUAGGAACGAGCCGCCCGCAGCGCUACCCGGGGCCGGUGGACUUUGGCAGCCACUUUUGCCGAUGCUACUACCGCAGCAGUUCUUUAUUUUUCCACGAGUUUAAAGAGUAAAAUAAACAAAUGAAAAAGAGGAGUUGAGAGGGGAGGUCAAACCUUAGCUGGAAAAUAUGUAGUUAAACAAAAAUCUCCUUCCUCGUGGCCUCUUCGAUAUUUGCCAAAACCACUUAGAGGAAAAAGUCAGUCAGUCAGAAGUGGCUGUUGGGUUGGAACAACAGCCUCACGCUGGCAUACAGACUGUUCUUGUAGUACAAAGACGAGCUGCUUAUUUAACUUUAGGGGUGGAAGACGCAUUUAAAAAGCUUGAGUGUGGUAGCCUCGCAAAAUCGGGAUUGCAGUGGUUCCAGUAUGCACGAUGAAUAUGCCAUGUUUUUGCCAUUUAAGAAGUACUUCUAAGGAAUAUUUGCCCAAAUUUACACAUCAAAAUUAACCCUGUGAUAAAGAUUUAGAUAUAUAGAUGCACGUUAAAUACAAGAAAAUAUAAAUCCAUUUGAGAUAUAAACCCAGUUUGUAAAGGAAUGGUAAAUGACAGAAGGUGAUAACAAGGGUGAUCCUGUUUCCCCCUAUACUGGAUUCCUCUCUAUUACUAUAUUCCUGAAAUUUAAAAUGUGUAGAUUAGCCUUCUGGGUGUCCAACCUAUAUUAAAAUCAGUCUACCCCUUAAACACUACAGAGUCUACUGGAACCAGUCUUUUGCUGACUAAGGUACAAUUGAAAGCAGAGACUAACAGUCCUAAGUGAAUGAUGAUCUUCAAGCGGCUUUGAAGUUUGGUCUACUCUUUUUCAGAUAAAUGCACUUGCUAUCUAUUAUACUGUUUCUUCAGUGUAAGACGAUUACAUCUUCAAUAUUCUUGAUAAUUCAAUAUUGUGCAUGCUGGUGAUGUAUUUAUAUACAGUAGCUUGACUUUAUUAACUUGUAAUGUAGGUGUUAUGUAUUCCUAUGAACAAGAAAAUGACUAGGCAUAAAUCAGAUUACUUUUAAUUUAUUAUUUUUUGUUGUUUUUUCCAUUUGCUUAUAUGCUAUACCAAAACAGUGAUCGUUAACAAUUAAUUGAUCUGUUAUGGAUGUUGCUAUAGUGACACGCAAUUCUUGUAUCUGAUUUGUUAACGCAAACAAGGAAGAAAAAAAAAAGAAGAAAACACCAGUGUUAGCUUAAUCUUACUGUCUGGUGUUUGUCAUGGUGAAAUUAUAAUUCUGACAUUGUAAAACAAUAUGUUCUUAUGUCGUUAGAAUGACCUCUCUGUCUGUGCUUCUUCAGCCAUGUUCUGCAGUGAGGGUGAACAGUGGUAAAACUUUCAGAAUCAGUGUUUGCACACGGACCAUAAUUUAUUUCUGAUGGUAUGUUUUAAUAAUUUCGGUUUUUCUAGCUGUCUCAUAAGUGAUAAAUAUCUUGAAUGUGAGUGAUUAUGUAGCAGUUGCACAAGAGAAAAAUAAUAAUAACAAAAUAAUAAUUAUAAUAAAAAAAAACGAAAUAUGACUACGCUCUAACUGCACCAUUUUCCGGCUGUUCUUGCACUGCAUUGUCAUCUUGUGGUACACUUUUGUUUUGCAAUGAUAAAUGUGAUGUGUGAGAAAAUAUGUUUGUUUUACACAAUUUUAUUCCUCUGUGUGGCUGACGGUUGUUGUUUUUUAAGUUUGUUUAUCUUCUGUGAUGGCUUGUGGCUCGGACACAGUGUCCAUAAGACCUAGUACACACAGUACUUUUUUUUGCAGACAUGUUCAAGUUUGACUAUUUAUUAAUGUUUUAUUUUGUCAUUUAUGACAUUUUAUUUUGUUGCCAUGUCUCAGGUUUUUAUUCUCUGGCUCCAGAGUAAAAGGCUCGCUCUUAUUUGUGUGGGCAGAAGAAUGGGAAUUCUCUGGUGAAUACACUUUUCUCUGAAACUGAUGUUAACCCUCCUCUCCAUGUGUGGCAUUUGUGGACACUGCAGUAAUUGUAAUGCACUGUUGCAUUGUAAACUGGUUUGAAUCUGAUUUUUGUGAAUGGCUGCAUUGUGCUUUUAAAUCAAUUUAAAAGUGACUAGCAUUGACACUAUAGAAUACUGUUUCCUUGCAAAGAAAUAAUGAGUGACAAAAAAAACAAAACUGAAUUGGGAUGCACAUAUUAAGGAAAAUACAUUUUUGCAGUGUCACCACAGUGUGUUUUCCUGUCCUCCUUAAUUUAUAUAGGAAAAGUUCUGCCAUUUAAUUCCCCCACAGCUGUUGAGCACAGUAUGACACUGUUAGAUAAAUCGACUAAAUGCAACAGAUAACCAGGCUGGAAUACCACAGCUGGCCAUUUCCAUUCUGGCUUCAUUCUGCUUUUCCCCACUAGACAACGGCUUUUGUUGUCAUGCACAAGCAGACACAUGGGGCCUUAGUCCUGCCUAAGUCCGCUUGUGUUUUUGAAUUUUGAGGACUUUUACAGUGCGAGCUGUGGGGGAAUGAGACGUGGAGCUGGAAUGGAGAAGGCCCAGCCACAGGAUAGAGGACAAGGGGUGCUUUAUUGUAGGUCUUUAAGAGUGAACUCAGAAGAGAAGACAAAAUGCUGUUCAGUGUGCUAAGAGAAUGUGCUAUAAAGUAGACACAAACAAAGCAGUACACUGAGAAUUGGGAAUCCAUUUCCUAUCUUUCUGCAAGUGCAAAUUCCAGUGAGAAAUUAAGAAAAAAAAUUAAGCCAUCAAAUAUGGGCAUUACAUUGAUUCUUGUGAGAAGGAACAAAAUGUCAACUCAGCCAGUUUCAAGUUUUUUUUAGUUGUUGUUGUUGUUAUUAUCAUAUAUAUGUAAUGGACAGUAUAAUCUGACAGUGUAAUGAAAGGGAGGAAAACGAGAAAUAGGAUUACUCCUCAAAAAGAUUUACUAUAAAAACUUAAGUAAUUUUAUGAACCUUAAUGUUGAGUAAAAUACUGUAAAUGCUGAACAAACCCAGUUAUAAACUAAAUAGUUUUUUCUCUUUCACAUGUGACAGUGAUGUACCUUCCUUUGGUGAAACACACAGAAAAGACCUGCAUGUCAGAUAGGAAUGGUAAUCCCUCAGUAUCUAUGGCAACAGUACAGCUUGCAGGUCUCAUGCAGGUAAUGGAGCAUUUUAAGAAAUAUUAGUGUUGGACAAACUGGAAGGGGGGGGGGGGGGUGUUGGACAAAAUGUCCUCAACUAACCUCAAGUCGGACACUGAAGCAGUAGUCUUGCAGAUUGGGGAAAAUGUGUACAGAGUGCCUUGAACCAUCUCUAUAUCACUAUCAGUGACAUCAAUUUCACAAGGUCUCCCUUCUGAAAUUUAGGUUAAAAGCAGAAUAAUGGUAGAGCUGGGAAAAGUCUUUAGGAUGUCAUUUUUUUUGUUUCUGGCAGAGACGUUUAAUAAUAAAUGAGACUACACAUUUUGUGCCCCCUUUCUGGUGAGGAGUUCUCAUUUGUUUGGGAGGUCUAGGUGAAUUCAGGGUCCCCCUAUCUGAGGUGUUGUGGUGAUGGCACACGUGACAGCUCUAAGGAGCGUAGUGUCAUACGGUGUUACUAUAGAGAUGCUGAGAUAAUGCUUUUCAUAUCCGCUUUGAGUUUACUUAAAGAAGCAGAGUAAUUAGAGCUGAGUAAUUAUCCCCCACCAAAAUGCAACAUGAUAUUCGCUGGAAGGUUCCGCUCUGUCUAAGUGAUUCUGUGCGCCUUACUUUGCCUGCGGUUGAAUGAGCAGACGCAGCGAUUUGAUGACCAUGGCAGAGGGCUCAUUGUAGGCUGUAUGACCGUGGCAGAGUGGUCAUUCUAGACUGUAUGAUCGUGGCAGAGGGGUCACUAUAGACUGUAUGACCGUGGCAGAGGGGUCAUGGUAGACUGUAUGACUGGCAGAGGGGUCAUUGUAGACUGUAUGACCGUGGCAGAAGAGUCAUUGUAGACUGUAUGACGUGGCCGAGGGGUCAUUGUAGACUGUAUGGCGUGGCAGAGGGGUCACUGUAGACUGUAUGACCGUGGCAGAGGGGUCAUGGUAGACUGUAUGACUGGCAGAGGGGUUAUUGUAGACCGUAGUAGAGGGGUCAUGGUAGACUGUAUGACUGUGGCAGACCGGUCAUGGUAGACUGUAUGACCGUGGCAGAGGGGUCAUUGUAGACUGUAUGACCGUGGCAGAGGGGUCAUUGUAGACUGUAUGACCGUGGCAGAGGGUUAUUGUAGACCGUGGCAGAGGGGUCAUUGUAGACUGUAUGACCAUGGCAGAGGGGUGAUUGUAGACUGUAUGACCGUGGCAGAAGGUCAUUGUAGACUGUGGCAGAAGAGUCAUUGUAGACUGUAUGACUGUGGCAGAGGGGUCAUUGUAGACUGUAUGACCGUGGCAGAGGGGUCAUUGUAGACUGUAUGACCGUGGCAGAGGGGUCAUUGUAGACUGUAUGACCGUGGCAGAGGGGUCAUUGUAGACUGUAUGACCGUGGCAGAGGGGUCAUUGUAGACUGUAUGACCGUGGCAGAGGGGUCAUUGUAGACUGUAUGACCGUGGCAGAGGGGUUAUUGUAGACCGUGGCAGAGGGGUCAAUGUAGACUGUAUGACUGUGGCAGAGGGGUGAUUGUAGACUGUAUGACCGUGGCAGAAGGUCAUUGUAGACUGUGGCAGAAGAGUCAUUGUAGACUGUAUGACCGUGGCAGAAGGUCAUUGUAGACUGUAUGACCAUGGUAGACGGGUCAAUGUAGACUGUAUGACCUUGGCAGAGUGGUCAUUGUGGACUGUAUGGCCGUGGAAGAGGAGUCAUUGUAGGCUGUAUGACCGUGGCAGAGGGGUCAAUGUAGACUGUAUGACCAUGGCAGAGGGGUGAUUGUAGACUGUAUGACCGUGGUAGAGGGGUCAUUGUAGACUGUGGCAGAGGGGUCAUGUUAGACUGUAUGACCGUGGCAGGGUGGUCAUUGUAGACUGUUGCAGAGGGGUCAUGGUAGACUGUAUGACCAUGGCAGAGGAGUCAUGGUAGACUGUAUGACCGUGGCAGAGAUGUCUGUAGACUGCAUGACCAUGGCAGAGAGGUCAUGGUAGACUGUAUGACCGUGGCAGAGGGGUCAUUGUAGGCUGUAUGACCGUGGCAGAGUGGUCAUUGUAGACUGUGGCAGAGGGGUCAUUGUAGAAUGUAUGACCAUGGCAGAGGGGUCAUGGUAGACUGUAUGACCGUGACAGAAGGUCAUUGUAGACUGUAUGACCGUGGCAGAGGGUUAUUGUAAACUGUGGCAGAAGAGUCAUUUUAUACUGUAUGACUGUGGCCGAGGGGUCAUUGUAGACUGUAUGACUGUGGCAGAGGGGUCAUUGUAGACUGUAUGACCGUGGCAGAGGGGUCAUUGUAGACUGUUUGACCAUGGCAGAGGGGACAUUGUAGACCGUGGCAGGGUGGUCAUUCUAGACUGUGGCAGAGGGGUCAUGGUAGACUGUAUGACCGUGGCAGAGUGGUCAUUGUUGACUGUGGCAGAGGGGUCAUGGUAGACUGUAUGUCCAUGGCAGAGGGGUAAUUGUAGACUGUAUGACCGUGGCAGAGAGGUUAUUGUAGACCGUAUGACCUUGGCUGAGUGGUGAUUGUAGACUGUAUGACCUUGGCAGAGUGGUCAUUGUAGACUGUAUGGCCGUGGCAGAGGGGUGAUUGUAGACUGUAUGACCAUGUGGCCAUUUUGGCCAGGAGAGGGAGAGGAGUGGCGUUUGAGUUACAGGUGACAGCAUCCUUUCCUAGGUGCAUUCAUGUGUACUGGGCCACUAAACACAAUCAGGCUCUUGCCCCAUGAAAGCCACACCCUUCAUUUCUUUAAAUGUACAAUGUGUGUUUUAAGUUAGGUGGUUUACGUGGACAUUUUGAUAUAUAAUAUGUUGUACGGUACAUUUUUCUUUGUAUUCUCUCAUUUUACCACAUUGUUUAGUCCUUAGAUAAGUCAAUAGAAAAUCAGAAGGUGACCAGAUGCUCUUAGCUGAUCAUAUGGCAUUUCACAGUACUGUAUGCAUGCUCAACUGCAUCAUCUCAUAGAAGUGGGAGAUCAGGAAAGCAAGAUCAUUGGAGUUACCAAGGUGAUGAGAUUUUAAAAGUGGAAGGAACCAUGUUGUCUUUGUCUGUGAUAAGCACUGUCUAGCGGAAGGGCUAGGACAUAAACUUCACCAUAAAAAACUGAAAAGAAAAAUGUUUAAAAAGCCCCAUUGAGAGGGGGAGACAUCAGGAGGGAAACAGAGUACUGUUGUAAAAGCAUGUGUAUGUUUCUAGGAAAGUUGGUUGCAUUGUGUCACUCAUUAAAGAUACUGGUUUCUUUGCAUAAAUGA